AUGUCGUCACUCACUGCGUCAUCUUCCCAAAGCUCCAACAGAAUUGCAUUAGCUCCAAUUAGAGAUUCACGUCUAAACAUUAAUUCUCCGUUGAGUCUGAAAAACAAGCGGUCAUAUACAUCUUCAUUAGUUGACGUUGUGGAGCCUUCGACACCAUCUGACUCGUUGAAGAGACAAAAGGUGUUGCCGGCGCAGUCACAGACAUUACGGGCAACCAAGAGUGUUAGCUUUUCUGACUUUAGAUUUGGGUCCACUCCGCCAAAGUCUACCGGUUUGUCUAGCAAGCCAUUGGUGACUAACAGCACAAAUGCCACCGCGGGUCUUGCUGCCACCAAGUUGAAACUCAAACUACAAUUAGCAUUCUAUAAACUCCAACAUAAAUCAAACAGCAUUAAUAACAAUAACAAGUCUGGUAAUGAAUACAUAGACGCUACCAAAAGUCAUACCCAAACUAACACGUCAUUUGACUCUUCUGAUUUAUUUACCAAAUCCACCAUUUCUCCUGUUGACAGAAAGUCACAUUUACCUACACCACCUAAGCUGACCGGCUAUUCGUCUUCUGCAAACAUGAACUUGCAAACCAAAACAAAGAUUGUUCAGAAUCCUUCCAACCAUGCAAAGAGAUCCUCUUACAAAUACACAAAGAAGCCUUCUCUUUCUGCCAUUGCAUACGACAAGAAUGUCAGUAACUUCAAGAACACGCAGAACUUACGGUUGUUUUCCGUCAAAAAGGGUUCCCAGUAUCAUCACGAUGUAUCAAAGGUGCCUUUGAUCCCAAGCGAUGUUACUAAGAACAAAACACACGCGGUAAGAGCUAAUUCAGAAAUCAUACCACGUACGACGGUCACUUCCGAUGGAUCAAUGAUCAGAUUACCAAAACCUCUUAUGUGCAAGGUUAAUAUGGAAAGCUCUAACUUGAGAUCCCUGUCAAACCCUGUGACCUUAAAAUCAAUGUCAUUGCCUCCAAUUAAUAAAAUAUUGAAAACUCCUAUGAAGAAUUCAUCAUCCACUAGAAAUUUAGUAAAUACCUACUUACAAAACCAGAACCAGAAUCAAUCACAAGCCCUGACUCAUUCUAAGCACGAAGAUGCUAAUCAAACCAUUCUCAACACCGACGAAACCAUCGAUGAAGACGAUGAUGGGCCAUUGAGAGAAUCGACAUGUAACUCGAUUAAAGUAUCCAAAAAAGAUAACAAUAAUAUCCUAAGCUCAUCUCCUAUAAGAAAUUCCCAAAAUACCUUUGGAACUCCAAAUUCGUUCAGUGUUGCGAAAUCUUUAUUACAAUUAGGUUCUGGUUUCUACAGUUAA